AUGGGGCUUCUAGCUGUUGGCGGUUUCCUUGUACUUUGCUGGUUUGGAUAUCUUUUAAUCAAAGAAAUCGCGCGAUAUUUAAGGUGUAUUUCUCAAAUUCAGGGACCUCCACCAAUCCCGUUACUGGGCAACCUUCACCAAUUUCGUUUCAAACCAGAUGAAUUUUUUGAGCAAGUUCAAGGCCUAAGUUACAUGCUUGAAAACAAUGGUGAUAGAAUGGUGAGAGUCUGGUUCAGUGGCUGGCCCUGGGUAGUGCUAUAUGGCGCUGAGGAGUGUGAAGCGGUCCUAGGAAGUAACAAAACUCUUCAGAAACCUUUUCAGUACGGCUUUCUCAGCGGCUGGAUUGGUCAGGGUUUACUUGUCAACAAACCAGAAAGAUGGAGGCCACGCAGGAAACUACUAACACCAGCAUUUCACUACGAUAUUCUGAAAGACUUCGUCGGGAUUCAUAAUAAACAUGCCAGAACACUGCUUGGCAAGUUUGAAAACUUGAUAGGCAAAGGAUACAACGAUGUCUUCCACACAGUUUCCUUGUGUACCUUGGACAUCAUUUGCGAAGCAGCUUUAGGCACCCAUGUGGACGCUCAGAACAAAUCGUCUCCCUAUUUAAACGCUGUUACAAAGAUGAAGUAUAUCAUACAUCAACGAACGCUUAAGCCAUAUUAUUAUCCAAAGUUCUUAUUUAAUCUGAUUGGAAGCGGUAAAGAGCACGAUAAAUAUGCAAUAAUGGCAAGAAAAAAACUGGCUGAAGAGGCUGGUGGCGUUCAGAAAUUGGUUGCGCAGGAACAGGCAUCCGGAAAACGUAGGAUGGCUUUUCUUGAUCUUAUGUUAGACAUGCACGACAAAGGUGACUUGCCGCUCAGUGGUAUCCAGGAGGAGGUUGACACUUUUACUUUCGAGGGCCACGACACAACGUCUACAAGCAUAAACUGGUUCCUCCAUUUAAUGGGGACAAAUCCACAUAUACAAGCGAAAGUGCAGAAAGAAAUUGAUGACGUCCUCGGCCCAGAUGACCGACCGAUUACUUACGAGGACCUAAGCCGAUUCCGGUAUUUGGAAGCUUGCAUUAAAGAAACCCUCAGACUAUACCCGAGCGUUCCCAUAAUCGCACGAUUUCUAACUGAGGACAUCGUCAUAAAAAAUAAAACCAUCCCUAAAUACGUGGGAAUCGUCAUAACUCCUUCAAUGGUACAUCGUGAUCCUCGUUACUGGCCGGAUCCAGAAGUUUUUCGGCCAGAAAGGUUCCUGGAUGGAGAGCAAAAACAUCCGUACGCUUUCAUACCAUUUUCUGCCGGAGCAAGGAAUUGUAUAGGACAAAGGUUUGCUAUAAUGGAGGAGAAAUGCAUUCUGGGGCUGCUGAUGCGACAUUUAAAAGUUAAGUCAAAAUUAAGAACGGAUCAGAUGAGACUCUCAGCAGAACUUAUUAUCCGACCACUGUACGGAAAUAAUCUCCUUUUUGAAAAGAGAUUUUAUGGUGACUAUUCACCAGUCAUUUAA